AUUUGGAGGAGUUUUGUAAGUGUCUGUGCAAAUUCUGCUCACAACUUACCAGGGUGUGAAAUUCUCUGCAGAGAUGGGAGCUGGGUGGACACAGAGUUGGAAGGAAGAGUGGAAGGUUGGGAAACUAUAUCUUUUCCCUUCUAGGCCCGAAGUCCUGCUUCAACCACGGUGGAAUAUUCCUCCAUCUGUUUGGCUGGUCUACCGAAGCUGUAUGCUGGCCAACAUAGUCAGCUGGUGUGUGUACACAGCCCGGAUCUUCAACACACCCAAAUUUCUCAUCUUCCUCAGCCACAUUUCAUACAUACUUCUGGGGUUCUAUUAUCUUGUGGCUCUACUAAACCUGGCCUGGGCUUUCAUACACGUCAGGCUCUUCUGUCGAAAAAAAAGGGCAUGGGAUGUCACCAUGGGUGGCAGUGAGGAGUCUUUUGGGACAUUACCUCUCCCAGCUCUGCUGGCCUUCGGCCUUUCCCUGCAGUGGUUCCUACAUGCUGUGGUGGGCUCUUUCUCCCUCUGUGUGUCUUUCCUGUACUGGAUCCUGAGCUACCCCAGCUCUCCGCACGUUCUCACUGCCUUCAAUAUCAACCUCCACUUGAUUAACAGUGUCCAGACCAUCCUGGAUGUCUUCCUGUCCUCCACCCCUGUCCAUCUCUACCACUACCUCUAUGCUCUUCUGGCAGCUACCCUCUAUGUGGCGUUUGUUGUUAUCUAUUGGCUGGCUGGCUGCACCAACCUCAGUGGACGACCCUAUAUCUACAGUAUACUGGACUUUGGUGGGCGCCCUCUAGUGGCAGCAUCAGUCACAUUGGCAGUUUGCCUGCUGGGCUUGCCUGCCUUACACUUUUUCCUAUGGAACCUUCAGCUCCUCAGGGAGAGGAUGGUGGGAGGCAGUAGGGGGAACAGAAUGGCCUUGACAAAGUGGGUCUGGUGGUGGGUGAGGGUCGGGGGAUGUGAUGUGACUGAGCUGGUGUUUUCUCUCGACCCAGGAUCAUCUGUGUUUGAGACCUUACAUAAGGAAACAAUAGAGGAGCUUCCAUAGUCAUUACUUAUGACUGCUUGGCCUACUGAGCCCAUCAUGAGUAUAUUUUAGGAUGCCUCUCACCUCUCUCUGGUAAUCAGAACAAGAGCCUUAAAUUCCCUUCUAUGAUGCAGUGAGGACAAAAUAAAGUGACUCAUAUAGUGUUGACUGUAGAAGUAAGCAUGUAAUUGUGGCGAAACAACCACUAGAGGUCAGUAGUGUCCUGAAAUAUUCCUUAUACAGUCUACAGGAAGCUCAAACAGAACAGCACUCAAGUGAAUGGGAUGUUCUAGUUUAGGAGUUUAUUAACUAAUGAAAGGAAAAGCAGUUGUAGUUCAGCAGUUUAUGAGCGGUAUAUUCUAUGUGAUUUCAGAAUCAGUACAUUUAUUUAUACUUUUAAAAACACAUUUUUCCAGCUGAGAAGUUUUACAUUUAGCCUUACAUAACAGAACAAAAAUUGUUUCUGUAGAUUACAUUCUGCUUUAACUGUUAUUCAACUCUCUGAAUUCAAAUA